AUGGUCCAGCCAAUCAUCGCCCCCUCUAUUCUUUCCUCAGACUUUGCCAAGCUCGGCGCACAAUCGCGAAUGAUGGUCGACUACGGAGCGGACUGGCUCCACGUUGACAUCAUGGAUGGCCACUUUGUGCCCAACAUUUCGUUUGGCCCCACCGUGGUCAAGUGCCUGCGAGCCGAACUUCUCAAGGGCGAGGCGUUUUUUGACUGCCACAUGAUGGUCACUGAUCCCCUACGAUGGGUCGAGCCCAUGGCCGACGCCGGAGCCGACCAGUACACCUUCCACUACGAGGCAUGCUACGACCACGAGGAGGUCAUCAAGGCCAUCAAGGCCAAGGGAAUGAAGGCCGGCAUUGCUAUCAAGCCCGCCACCUCGGUGGAGGUUGUCUACCCUCUGGUUGACCAGCUUGAUCUGGUUCUCGUCAUGACUGUGGAGCCUGGCUUUGGAGGCCAGAAGUUCCAGCAGGACAUGAUGCCCAAGGUGGCUGCUCUGAGAGAGCGAUACCCCAACCUCAACAUCGAGGUCGAUGGUGGUCUUGGCCCCCAGACCGUCGAUGACGCCGGAGCUGCUGGUGCUAAUGUCAUUGUCGCCGGUACCUCUGUCUACCACUCCGACUCUCCUCCCCGAACCAUCAAGGAGAUGCGAGACAAGCUCAUCACCUAUCAGAAGGACAUUGAGAUGGCCGCCGAGCACCCCGAGAUCGUUACCAUCCAGCAAGAGAUUCUGCCUGUCCCCGCUGCUGCCUCUGCCUAA